AUGAACCCAAAGAUCGCCAAAGAAUUGUUAAACAUUUUAAAAAUUACCAAAGAGGAAAGGAGAAAUGCGGAAUCUAAGAGAGGUGAUUUCUUACAAAUUCUAAUAGAAGCUGCUGAGAAAGAAAAAACGAAUGGACUUAUGCAUUUGGACGACAUCACCAUAGACGCACAAUUAUUUCUUUUCUUGACUGCCGGAUAUGAAACUUCGAGCACAUUAUUGUCCUUCGGUGUUCAUACCCUAGCAGUUAAACCUGAUCUCCAGGAAAAGCUGCGCGAGCAUAUUCAAGAAGUUACAAACGGAAGGGAACUUUCAUAUGACCUACUGACAGAGCUCACUUAUCUUGAAGCAUUCUUACUUGAAACAUUGCGCUUGCAUCCGCCAAUCGGUAGGGUGGAGAGAAAAUGCACAAAGGACUAUAUCUUGCCCGGCACUAAUAUUACAAUAAAUAUAGGCGACGUCAUCGCUAUUCCUAUUUAUGGUAUUCAUAUGGACCCCGAAAUAUAUCCUGACCCAUACGAGUUCAGGCCAGAACGAUUUAUGGGAGAUGAGAAAAAGAAUAGACCCUCUCACUUGUACUGGGCAUUUGGUGCUGGACCAAGGAACUGCAUAGGUACGCGUUUUGCAAUGGUCGCUGCAAAAAUCGCUAUGGUAUCGCUGUUGCGAAAUUUUAAAUUUUCUGCCUGUAAAAAAACUCAAAAUCCCGUAAAAAUAGACAAAGUAUCAGUGUUGCUGAAACCUGAAUCUGGCUUAUGGGUAAAAAUAGAAAAACUG